AUGCGCGGCGCGGGUGUUUUUCCCAGGUUCACACUUUGCAAAAGUUGUGGCCUGAGGAAAACUUCCAGGUCGCCAGCAGGAACGUCACAGGAGAGCCCCGGUAGCUCCGCUCAGACCGCGCGCGGGGCUAGCGAGCGGGGCGCGGCGAGGGGCGAGGGCGGGGAGGGCCCCGGCGCGCAGAGCAGGCGCCGGGGAGGCAGGCUGGGCGGUCGUUCGUCCUCGCCUUCGGGUGUCCAUGCCUCGGUGGCGGCGCCCCGCUCCGCAGCCAGCGGCCUGCAAGCCGUAACCAUGGCCGCGGUAGCCGUCCUCCGGAACGACUCGCUGCAGGCCUUUCUCCAGGACCGCACCCCCAGCGCCUCCCCGGACCUGGGCAAGCACUCGCCCCUGGCACUGCUGGCCCCGGGCAAGAAGAAGCAGCACGUGUGCCACGUGCCGGGCUGCGGCAAGGUGUACGGGAAGACGUCGCACCUGAAGGCGCACCUGCGCUGGCACACGGGCGAGCGGCCCUUCGUGUGCAACUGGCUCUUUUGCGGGAAGAGCUUCACGCGCUCGGACGAGCUGCAGCGGCACCUGCGGACUCACACGGGCGAGAAGCGCUUCGCCUGUCCCGAGUGCGGCAAGCGCUUCAUGCGCAGCGACCACCUCGCCAAGCACGUGAAGACGCACCAGAAUAAGAAGCUCAAAGUCGCUGAGGCCGGGGUUAAGCGGGAGGACCCGCGGGACCUGGAGGAUGCGUGCGGCUGGGGUGCGCCUGGCUCGCGGCACCCUCCUCCCGCCGUGGUCGGAAGAGAGUUUGGUCUUCCACCACUGUGUUUCCCCAAAAGAUGCUCUGCUGUUCCAAUAGACUUUAGUUCUCUGACUUCUGUAGACAAGACAGAUACUGUAAAGACAGCAAAGAACAGACAGAAUGGCAGAUUGCUAAUGUCUGAUCCAAAGGAAAAAGUGACGAUUGAAUCAAAUGAAGCAAUGUCAGAGUAAGAAAAUGUCUUUGAUUGUGCAGCUGAUUUCUCCUAUGCCUUUUAAGCAAUUAGAACUAGAUAAUGCAGCCAUUUGUCACCCAAUUAAAUUUGAAAGGCCAGAAAUGCAUGGAUUAGCACUUCAGCUUUUGCUUCAGUCAAAGCAGUUGUUACUUAGAUAAAAGGACAGUUAAAAUGAAAAAUGAAUUUUGAUAAAAAUGUAGAAGUGUAGAUAAUAUUCACUUCUACUUUUUAAUGCUUAAACACCCUGGAUUCUGUAUUUUACUUGUAUCAUAAUUUUCAUAGCUCAUUGCUAUUUCCCUUUGAUACUUAUUUCUUUCAAAAUAUUUCUUCAAGUGAAUAUUUACUUUAAAAUUAAACCAAUUAUUUUCUGUAACAUGAAUUGUUACUACUCAAUAAAGAAAAUAAUCACCUCAACUAGUUGAAGAAA